GUCUUUUCCAGUCUUUUCGCUCUACAUUCUGUAGCGUGCAGUACGUCCGGCCAAGAGUACUGACGUUUCGUUGCGCCACUCGCAUGGCCGACGUGUGCAUUCCAAGGCAUAAAAUCGCGUGGUAUCCACUGUCUAGUGACUGUCCUCCCAUAAUCAACCAAUAGUAAAUUAUAAUUGGCUCGGUGAAGGAAGGCAAAUAAUUUCCUAUACUGGUUUACAUAUUAGGAUUCUGGUGAAAUCCUCUACAAGAAGCCUAGACACUACUUUGCUUAUUAUAGUUUAUUCCAAUACUGAACCUUCCGAUAUGUCCAACGAAGAGACUUCUGCUGAUCGCAAUGUCGAGAUUUGGAAGAUCAAGAAGCUCAUUAAGAGCCUUGAAAUGGCACGAGGGAAUGGUACUAGCAUGAUAUCAUUGAUCAUUCCACCUAAGGAUCAGAUAUCAAGAGUCAGCAAAAUGCUUGCUGAUGAAUUUGGUACUGCUUCUAAUAUCAAGUCUCGUGUAAAUAGACUGUCAGUCCUUGGAGCUAUUACUUCUGUACAGCACAGACUGAAGCUUUAUACUAAAGUACCACCAAAUGGCCUCGUGAUAUAUUGCGGUACGAUCGUAACGGAGGAAGGAAAAGAAAAGAAAGUGAACAUCGAUUUUGAACCCUUUAAACCAAUUAACACGUCCCUAUACUUGUGUGAUAAUAAGUUUCAUACUGAAGCUCUCACAGCAUUACUUGCUGACGAUAAUAAAUUUGGAUUUAUCGUAAUGGACGGUAACGGAGCGCUUUUUGGAACGCUUCAAGGAAACACUCGUGAAGUAUUACACAAGUUCACUGUAGAUCUUCCCAAAAAGCACGGGAGAGGUGGACAGUCCGCACUUCGAUUCGCCCGAUUAAGAAUGGAAAAGCGACACAAUUACGUUCGUAAGGUCGCCGAAGUGGCUACUCAACUCUACAUCACUAACGACAAGCCUAAUAUCGCGGGUCUGAUCCUUGCCGGUAGUGCAGACUUCAAGACAGAACUUAGUCAGUCCGACAUGUUUGAUCCCAGAUUGCAAGGUAAAGUCAUUAAGCUAGUGGACGUGUCGUACGGCGGUGAGAAUGGCUUCAAUCAGGCGAUUGAACUGGCCGCGGAGUCCUUGCAGAACGUAAAGUUCAUCCAGGAGAAGAAACUCAUUGGUCGCUACUUUGAUGAGAUCUCCCAGGACACGGGGAAGUAUUGUUUUGGUGUCGAGGACACUCUUAGAGCGCUAGAACUAGGAAGCGUCGAGACGCUCAUAUGUUGGGAGAACCUGGACAUUCAACGAUACGUAUUAAAGAACCACACGAACGCUGAAGAGAAAGUACUGCACCUCACGCCGGAACAAGAAAAGGACAAGACCCACUUCACGGACAAAGAGAGUGGCGUGGAAUUGGAAUUAGUCGAAUGUCAACCCCUUCUCGAGUGGCUUGCGAACAACUAUAAGAGCUUCGGUGCGACCCUAGAGAUCAUCACUGAUAAGUCUCAAGAAGGUUCACAGUUCGUCAGAGGUUUUGGUGGUAUUGGAGGUAUUCUGCGGUACAAAGUGGACUUUCAGAGCAUGCAGCUGGAAGACAUUGAGUUCGACAAUUUCGAUCUGGAAGAUUAUUAAAGAAGUAAAGCGAAGGCGGGUACUCGGUUCAUUUUAGCUUCAGGAGACUACGACACACAGGAAGAGAGGAAGCAGACAAGGAAGAAAGAAAGACAAGGCGAUAUAACGACAAAAGAACAACAUGAAAAUUCAAGAAAAACGCAAAGAUAAACGCGCAUUGGGUGUGCAAUGAACAAUAUGAAAUUUACUGUUUCUCCUGAGCGCUAGUAUUUCAGUGUGAUUAGAAAGCGGUAGAGAAGAGAAAGGAUAAAUUUUCGUUAUUCAAAGAAAGAUGCCGGUAGGAAUCAAAAGCGAGUCGGAGAAGAACGUGCGAAUGAACGAUCGUCUCAGCACGGAGAUGAAAUAAAAAUUCACAAAAUCGCGUAUUGGUGAGGGAGAACAAUAAUAUAAUGGAGCAAGUAUCAUCAUGCAGUCUUCAAGUCAUCCAAUCACAUUUCGAGGAUUUAUAGGAACCAUCUGCGGUUGGUACUCCUGUUCGGUUUCUCUCUGCCUUAAAAAUAUGUGGCCCUGUGCAAUCGAGAUUAAUCCUAAAUGAGAUAAUGGCGAAUUACAAUAAGUCCAACUAGGAGGGAAAGAGAAGAAGACGCGCUUCCCUCGAGGACUGCAACCCUUAAUUAAGCCAGCUUGAUACCUGCCUAUUAGGUGUUAAAAAAAAAAGGAAACAGAACGUGUACCAUGCGUCUGGAUUAUUCUGUAAACUUCGAGCGUUCGCUGUAUAAGCUCUCAUGAGAUUCCCAUUCCUGGCUUUCUCAGAGAAUACAUAAAUAUAUAGAUAUAUAUAUUUAUAAUUAAACGAUUGCUGCGAGGUCACCGUGUAACGGAAACACGUUGUUUCUAAAGACGUGCGGCACCGCGUGAAUUUUUAUAUUCCUUUUGAAAUCACUGUUUUGAGUGCCAGUAAAUUCUGGUUUACCGCGGGGCGAAUAUGUCUAACAGGUACUAGAUUAAUAUGACCGUCGUCACGUGGAAUGAUUUCGGAUUCUAUUGCUGUUGCCGUUUUUAUUAAUCACGCGGUACGGCAUGAAAUCUUAUACCGUUCAAUAUGGACACAGUAUGCACGUCAGUGUUUCAAUAUAAUUUAUCGCUCAUGUCGGUCAAAUAGAAAGAAAAUAAGUCCUGAGUAAACCCUUGAAACCAUCUGGUUACGCGCGACAGUAUUAAUCAUACGGUAUCGCACGAGCUUUUGUAUUAGAAGCUGUUUGGUGACGCUCGUUGAUCAGUUAAACUCCGGUGGGUCGUGGCUUCCCUUGGAUGAUUCUGGUAUCAUUUUUUUCUUUCUUUUUUCAUUUUUUGGGUGUAAUUUAAGACAGCAACGGGUUAUGCAGCCUCCAAUGCGCGGAAUGGCUGCUUGCGUUCUCUUCUGUUCGUAUUAAAAACAAUUAAAUCAUGGAUGAACUCUAAUAAAUUGAUUUCUUUAAACUAAGCACACCUAAGUCCUGUGCGUUACAUGUAUAAAUGGCAAAAAUCGAAGACGCACGAAAGAAAGAUCUUGCAAAGUUCUUCUUAGAUCAUAUUCAAUUUCAAUCUACAUAUACGGAUAUAUUGUAUAUGCUUAUUUCGAGUUGUCAUAUCUAUAUGUUGUUCGUAUGGAUAUGAUAAGUUAUUGAUUAGAGUUGUGCGUGUCACUUCAACUCCAUUGGUUGUGUUCAAUUGAGUUGCAGUGGUUGAAAACGAGAAGUUGGGUUGGCUUUAAUGGACUGAACAUUUUCAUGCAUCUGGUGCAUACCUAUUCCUGACGCAGUUCUGUUUUUCUACACUCACUAUACAUGUAAUUAAGAGCCCUCGUCGAUAGUUUUGAUAGUUUAUUUAUUUUACAAGCUUGGCAGCUCUAGUUAUCAUUUUAAAAAAGACCACCGGUGAACCGAAAGUUUACAAUGUCGACGUAUAUCGAGCGACAAUAUAUGAUCUCGUCUGAUUCACAAGCGAA